UGUCGGCCUGUUAAGACUUGCGGGGAAGAUGGAGUAUCCCAGUUUGGGCACCUUGGAGGCUGCGGACGGCGGAGGGACCCGGCCAUACAACAGCUCGGAGGAGCGGGACAGCCAAGAGCAGGACGGACAGCGCUUCGACCGCGAGAGGGCGCGCUGCCUCUGGGAAGCCGUGUCCGGGGCCCAGCCGGUAGGGCGGGAGGAAGUGGAGCACAUGAUCCAGAAGAACCAGUGUCUCUUCACCAGUACCCAGUGUAAGAUCUGCUGUGCCUUGCUCAUUUCUGAAUCCCAGAAGCUGGCACACUACCAGAGCAAAAAACAUGCCAACAAAGUGAAGAGAUACCUAGCAAUCCAUGGAAUGGAGACAUUAAAGGGAGAAACGAAGAAGCUAGACUCAGAUCAGAAGAACAGCAGAAGCAAAGACAAGAACCAGUGCUGCCCCAUCUGUAACAUGACCUUUUCUUCCCCUGUCGUGGCCCAGUCGCACUACCUGGGGAAGACCCACGCAAAGAACUUAAAGCUGAAGCAGCAAUCCACUAAGGUGGAAGCUCUGUCGAAACGCCUUACAAACCCUUUCCUUGUGGCCUCCACCUUAGCCUUGCACCAGAAUAAAGAGAUGAUAGACCCAGACAAGUUCUGCAGCCUCUGCCAUGCAACUUUCAACGACCCUGUCAUGGCUCAACAACAUUAUGUGGGCAAGAAACACAGGAAACAGGAGACCAAACUCAAACUCAUGGCACACUACGGGCGACUGGCAGACCCUGCUGUCUCUGACUCAUCAGCUGGAAAGGGCUAUCCUUGCAAGACCUGUAAGAUAGUGCUGAACUCCAUAGAACAGUACCAAGCUCAUGUCAGCGGCUUCAAACACAAGAACCAGUCACCAAAAACAAUGGCAUCACCCCUGGGCCAGAUUCCAACACAAAGGCAAACCAUUCAGAAAGACUCAACCACCUUGGAAAACUAGAGGUGUUUCUGCCGGCACCCCAGGUUGAGCCAGCCAUGAGCCAGAGUCCACUGACUGUGGUCAGCCUUUGGCUCCCUCUUCCUUUCCCACCUGGAGAUACAUAGGCCUGAGGCAAGAGUGGACCACAGGAAGCCUCUGAUUGGUCCAGGCAAACAAAUCCCUGUUCUUCCCUUGGGAAUGGAUCCUGUAGGUCAAGGACAGAGGAACAAAGGUCUUGAGAGGACUUUGGGCCUCAAAGGGUGGUAAUUUACAGGAUGAGCUUUACCAUUCUUCAGCCUCCUUGGGUCAAAGGCCAAAGACCGUGAGGCUCCCAAGUUGCCUUUCCUCUGCAGGUCAGUUUUGAACCAUUGGCCACAGCUAAGGAACUGAGCUCUCCCUGGACUCCAUACACCUCCAGUGAAACCUUGUCCUGUGCAGGAAAGAGUAGAUCGAAGUGACUCCAUGUGGAAGUUUGAAACUAAUAUGACACUCCCUGUCCCCUAAAAAGUACAGGUGUCUCUGCACCUGGGACUGGAUGCUGGCCCAGUACCCAAAUUUCUGCCACUCUGACAGUCCUGGUAAUGUCACUGUCCCUUCUGCCCCUUCUCCACUGAUAUUGAGUGGUGCUAAGCAUCUGCAGCAGGUGGGGACAAGCUUGAGCAGGAGGUGACUUUAGUUACCAGUGGGAUUAUACAAAGCUCCCAUGGGGCUUUUUUCCCCCAAUUCCAUCAGAGGUGCUCUGACCCAGGGUCAUGUGGGAAGUCCCCAUGUGGAAGUCUCCUUGAUGGAUCUGUGUCCUUAAAAGCCAGGAGUACCGAGAACAGCCCUACUGUCCUCUCCUUCCCCCUGUGUAGGGAUUUGUUUGCCGCCUGCCCAGGUUGCUCUGGUGCUAGCCUUCUCACAUCCCUUCACUUCUGGUACCAGGAGCUUCCUGGGUACUAGGGAGCAGGUUGGGACCUUCAGAGAAAGAAGUGGAAAACUGUUGCAGUUUUCUACAGUGAGGGAACAGAUGUUCCCCAGGUCUCAGCCCAAAUUGCUUCAGCUCUGCUGUUUCACUGCCUGGAUUUCACUGGGAGUGGAUUUUUCCUUGUCGCUUUUAAAAAGAAAUUGCAGGGAGUGUCACCAUUAGAGGUCCUUCUUUGGUCCCAAGCCCCAAGCUGCUCUCAUUACCUCCUCCCCCAAUUCUCUGUCCCUUUGCCUGUGAAAUGCCUUUAAGUAUCGUGUGUGGGUGCAUAUGUGUGUGCUUAUGCUUUGUCUCUUGGUCACUGAAGCAGCUAAAUAAAGAAUUUCUUUCAUGAGCCACACUGCACUGAACAGACCUGGGAAUUGGUGUCAUCUUGUCUUGACCCCUCUCCUUACCAUGUUUAAAUUCCUAGGACUCUAGAUUCCCAUCAUAAAUGUUGGACAUAAGACAUAUCCAAUUGUUGGCAAUCCUGCAGAAGUCUUCCCAGGUGCCCAAACACCAUCAUCUGUUCAUGUACCUCCCCUUGCCAAGUAGGGCCUCCCAGCUUUAAGUCUAAGCUGGGAAUCUGUUUUGUUUGGUCUGAUUAUUCUGGCUGCUAUGUUGAGAAGACAGGGAGGCUCUCUCCGCGCUAACCCUUUCAGAGCAGAAUCUGUGUCUAGUUUGUGUCUACUUCCCUGAUGUCCAGAAUGUCGUGAAGUAUUUUUUGGAUGAAUUAAUGUGUGAGAGCUUUUUCCUAUAAAACACUCAUGUCUGGUGAUCUUGGAAGAACCUUUUUGUGACCUAAAAAUGAGCUGGGAAAGGAAUGAGUAUGUUGACUUAGGAGUCUUUGUCAAACCUUUCAUUUAGAUAGCCAGAUCUUUGGGUGCCCAGGCAGCCGCAGCCCCCAGUUUUCAAUUAACAAACUUUUCUUGGGCAUCUGAUCUUGGCCACCUGGGAAAAGCCCUAUACAGGCCCCAGGUUGAAUUCUUGGCUCUCAACUUCCAAAGCCUGACUAUCUCAGCAGUUUCCCAGAGUCCUUUGUCCUUCCAGGAGGUCAGAGUCAAUUGCAUCUACCAGGCCAAGAGUGAAAGAGGAUAGAAGUGGGGGCGGGGGCUGCAAUACCAUGACUCCUUAGCUGCAAAACCUCUUAGUUUGGGAAUCUGGCUUCCUUGUGGUGUAAGGAUACGUGAACGAAUACUUUCCCUUGGGGAGCUCACACGUUAAAGAAUAUUGGGGCAGUGGUCGGGGGGGUUAUACGUCAUAUAUGGUAGUGCCCACAAUGUAAACAGUAACUCACCCAAGGGUGUGAAAAAGCCAGAGAACUGGGUAAAGUAACAUUUGUUCUGCAUAACAGCCUUUAAAGUUAGGUAGUAAUAAUCCAUUUUAUAGGGAAGGAACAAGUGUCAGAGGUAUAGGGAUUUGCCCAAGGUCUUAACAGUAAGUGGCAAAAUGGAGCGUAGAAUCCAGUCUGUAGUACUGCUAAUCUAGAACCUUUUCUAAACAAGGACCAGAGUCCUUCCCACAUGACACAAAUCAAGCCAGUCCAAGCAGGGGCAGCAGCAGCCUCCACAGUAUAGAUUACAUAGGCUCAAUGUUUAUAUCCCCAGCCCCCAUACUUUUCAUUUUCUCUAAGUUACCAGUAAUAUCUAAUAAACCUAAAUAAGAGUGGUUAGCUAUAAAGAGAAUUUAUUGAUUUGUCAUGAAAAAUCCAGGUACCUGCUCUUGGCAACCUGGGAAAAGCUGGUUCAGGUUAUGUCAGUGUCCAGGGCUAAUUUCAUCCCUACGCUUCUCUCCCCAAUGAGGUCUUUUUCUCCAACUCUCCCGAAAGUAGCACAAUGGCAACUGGCUGCUCCAGGCUUAAAUCCUGCUAGAUUAGAACCUCAGUGGAAAGAACAUCUUUCUCGACUAGUUUCAACAACAACAAAAAAAUCUGAUAUUAACUCACUGGCCUGAUCCCAUCCUCAACCAACCCCUGUGGCUAGGGAAAACUAUGUUCUAGUUAGGGAAGAAUGUGCUUCACCUAAAACACACUGAAUGGGAGUGAUGCAUCCCCAACAUAAAUAGGGCUCCUACCAGACUCAGGUAGAAGAAUGGAUAUGGGUGGGCAAAAAAAGUUUUUGUCAGCCAUAUCCAUAAAUUGUCUUUACUUAACCUUUUCUCUUGUUUUUCCUAACACUUUGAGAUAGAGUGUACAUUUUGUAGUGUGCACCAAAGUUCAGUGCAUAGUUUGAUAAAUCCUCAUUCAUCUGGGAAGUCACCCUCCAGAUCAAGAUUCAGAACACUGUUAACUCACCAGAAUGUUGCAUUGUUCCUUUAGUAUGAAUCCCCCAAAAGUAAACACUAUUUUGACUUCUGUCACCAUAUAUUUGUUUUGCUAGCUCUUGAAUUUUAUAAUAAUGGAAUCACACAUCUCUUGCUCAAUUUUAUGUCUGUGAGCUUCAUUCAUGUUAAUGUACUAGAAGUUCAUGUUGUUCAGUGUUGUGUAGUAGUUCAUUACAUGAAUGUAUCACAAUUUAGCCAUUUUACUGUUAGCUAAUUAUAAUUGGGUUGUCUCUGUUUUGUACGUUAUAA